AUGUCCACCGAGGCCGGGCCUGCCAGCACAUCAGCUGUCGACCAUGAACCCGGCCUCAUUUCGCAAUCACCGGAUUCUGUCAUCGCAUCCAACGAAGAGGUUCCCACUUUCUUGGCAGAUCAGGAGAAAUCCAUGACCCAUGUAGUGGACUCUGAGAAGCAGGUCCAUUUGGACUCAGCUGGUCAGCUGGCGGAGCAUGAACCCGCUCAAGAUGAUACGUUCCAUCGAAGUCGAACGGCAUCCACAGUGGUCUCCUCGCACCAAUCUGUCCAUAGAGACCCCAUGAGCCGGGUAACGACAGAUGCAGAGGGAAAUGUUUAUCCCGAGGGUGGGAAAGAGGCAUGGCUGGUGGUGUUUGGAAGUUUCCUUGGCUUGUUUGGUUCACUUGGACUGGUCAACACCAUUGGUACUUUCCAAGCAUAUAUCGAGGAGCACCAGUUGAAAGACUAUAGCUCCGGUGACAUUGGCUGGAUUUUCGGCAUGUUCGCCUUCUUGACUUUCUUCUGCGGUGUUCAAAUUGGCCCGAUCUUCGAUGCUCGUGGCCCGCGGUUCCUCGUCCUCGCCGGUUCCAUCUGCGAGAUGGCUUUCGUCAUUCUCCUUGGAUUCUGUACCAAGUACUGGCAUUUUAUGCUGGUCAUCGGCGUGCUGGGUGGCGUGGGAGCGUCGCUCAUUUUCACCCCGGCCAUCUCUGCCGUCGGACAUUUCUUCUACGAGAAGCGUGGUGUCGCGACGGGCCUUGCUGCCACCGGUGGCUCGGUUGGAGGUAUAGUUUUUCCACUCAUUCUUGAAGCCCUGUUUCCCAAGAUCGGAUGGGCCUGGGCAACCCGUGUAGUUGCCCUGAUCUGUCUCAUUGUGCUGUCUGCAGCAAACCUCCUUAUCAAGUCUCGACUUCCACAGAAGCCAUUCUCCAAGGAGAAUAUUCUACCCGACUUUCGCAUUUUCAGUGAUCCUCGAUUUGCAUUGACUACAGCGAGCGUCUUCUUUAUAGAAUGGGGUCUUUUCAUUCCCAUCAGCUAUAUCUCAUCCUAUGCACUUGACCAAGGCUUCUCCGACAAAUUCUCCUACCAGAUCCUGGCCAUUCUGAACGUCGGCUCAUUCUUUGGACGAUGGUUGCCCGGUUUCUUUGCUGACUUCUUGGGACGUUUCAACACCCUCAUUGUUACCGUGGCUCUUUGCUUACUCUGCAAUGCAUGCCUUUGGCUACCCGCGGGAAACAGCCUGGCUUUACUCGUGAUCUAUGCACUACUUUUUGGAUUCGCCAGUGGUAGCAACAUCAGCUUGACACCUGUUUGCGUCGGUCAGCUUUGCAAGACUGAGAACUACGGCCGGUAUUACGCUACCGCUUACACAAUUGUGAGCUUUGGUACCUUGACCGGUAUGCCCAUCGCUGGUGAGAUUCUGGCCCGUUGCAAUGGGCAGUAUUGGGGUGUUAUUGUGUUUACUACUGCCUGUUACGCAGCCGGAUUGAUCUGCUGCACAGCUGUCAAGGUUAUUCACGUCGGAUGGCGUAAGCCAUUGGCAAUCUACUAG